CGCAGCAGGGAGACCAGAUCACGUUUCUGGGCUCCGCCACCCCCACGAGGGACAAGUGACAGCGGCCUGGGGGCGCGGAGUGAGGCGGCGCGGCUGCGGCGGCGCUCGGUGCCGUCCUCUCCGGCUGGAAGGAGCGGGCGCCUGAGAUCGGAGCGCCUUGUUUAGCAAUAACGGCUGGAGCGCGUCCUACAAGUUACGGGAGAGUCGGCCAGGAAGGAGGACAAUCGCUUGGCCCCUCCACCCCCGCUCCUGGCCCCUCGAGACCCCAGCGCUGCCUCGCGCUGGAAGGGGAGCUCCAGAAUGAAAAGCAAGAAAGGUGUUGUUGCCGUGUCUGGCAGUGAGACAGAGGAUGAUGACAGCAUGGACAGCCCCCUGGACCUCUCCUCGUCUGCCGGCAGUUCAGGCAAGAGAAGGCGAAGGGGCAACCUGCCCAAGGAAUCCGUUCAGAUCCUCCGCGAUUGGCUGUAUGAACACCGAUACAAUGCCUACCCCUCGGAGCAAGAAAAAGCAUUACUGUCCCAGCAGACACACCUCUCUACACUACAGGUCUGUAACUGGUUCAUCAAUGCCCGACGCAGGCUCCUCCCGGACAUGCUGAGAAAGGAUGGCAAAGAUCCAAAUCAGUUCACAAUUUCCCGACGUGGGGCCAAGAUUUCUGAAGCCGGGUCUGUAGAGUCGGCAAUGGGCAUCAAAAACUUCAUGCCGGCUUUAGAGGAGAGCCCAUUUCAUUCCUGCACAGCUGGACCCAACCCAGCCCUUGGGAGGCCACUGUCUCCUAAGCCAUCCUCCCCAGGAUCAGUUUUGGCUCGUCCGUCAGUGAUCUGUCAUACCACUGUGACUGCAUUGAAAGAUGUGCCUUUCUCUCUCUGCCAGCCAGUUGGUGUGGGACAGAACACAGAUAUACAGCAGAUAGCAACCAGCAGCUUUACAGACACCUCCCUCAUGUACCCAGAGGACACAUGUAAAUCUGGACCGAGUGCAAAUACACAGAGUGGUCUCUUCAACACUCCCCCCCCUACUCCACCGGACCUCAACCAAGAUUUUAGUGGAUUUCAGCUUCUGGUAGAUGUUGCACUCAAACGGGCUGCAGAGAUGGAGCUUCAGGCAAAACUGACGGCUUAACCCCUUUUUCAAGCAAAACCUCAAAAAGGUUAUGAUUGCCGGGGUGAUGGCAAGAGAUAGAUUGCAUUAUUUUAUAUUUUUUUAUUAAUAUUUGCACAUGGGUUGCUAAAGUGAAGCUUCCUGUUACUGAGAUGUCUUCAAUGGAAUCCAGUCAUUCCAAGAACUAUAAACUCAAAGCUACUGUAGAAACAAAGGGUUUUCUUUUUUAAAAUGUUUCUUGGUAGAUUAUUCAUAAUGUGAGAUGGUUCCCAAGAUCAUGUGAUUUUUUUUUUUCCCCUUCCCCUCCCCUUUUUUUGUUGGUGUUUUUUCCAGACUGUGCAAUAAUUAGAGAACCUAUAGCAUCUUCUCAUUCCCACGUGGAACAGGAUGCCCACAUACUGUCUAAUUAAUAAAUUUCCAAUUUUUUUCAAACAAGUA